CCCCCAGGCCCCACAAGUCCAGGACUGCAGUAUGGAGGCCGGGCUGCUGUGGUUCUGCAACUGGAGCACUCUGGGCGUGUGCGCCGCGCUCAAGCUGCCGCAGAUCUACGCGCAGCUGGCCGCGCGCAGCGCGCGGGGCAUCAGCCUCCCCAGUUUACUUCUGGAGCUGGUGGGGUUCCUGAUAUUCUUUCGCUACCAAUGUUACUAUGGGAACCCGCUGCUCACCUACCUGGAAUACCCCAUCCUCAUUGUUCAAGACAUCAUCCUCCUGCUCUUUGUCUUUCACUUCAACGGGAACCUGAGGCAGGCCUUGCCCUAUGCAGUGGUAUUUGUGUCUUCUUGGUUUGUCCUCAGCUUGCAGAAAUGGAUCAUCGACCUGGCCAUGAACCUAAGCACAGUCAUCUGUGUGGCCAGUAAGUUUGCCCAGCUUCAGUAUCUGUGGAAGGUCCAGGACUCGGAAGCUGUGAGCGCACUGACCUGGGGCCUCUCUGCCUACACCUGUGCAACAAGAAUAAUAACAACUUUAAUGACCACCAAUGAUUUGACAAUUCUCGCCCGUUUUGUGAUCAUUUUGGCUUUAAACAUAUGGGUAACAGCAACAGUACUGCGCUAUAGGAAGCCUGCCACCAAAGCCGAAUGAUGGACGCAUUUUCACACAGUGGGCUUCAAAUGACUGAACAAGGGACACACCGUUUACCAGUCAAUCAUUUCAGAAACUUUAAAUCAGGUUUGUUCGAGUUGAAAAGCAUCUUAGCUAGAUAUGGAAGUGCAAACCUACACUCCUAGCACUUGGGCCACACAGCAGACUAAGAAAAGGAAAGAGCCACUUGUUUAAAAAUGCCCUCUUCCUUCCCCUACUCCCAUAGUAGGGCUUAGGUGGUUUGAGAUAAGAUCUCCCUACAUAGCCCAAACUAUCCUUCAGUUUGUGUGUGUGCACAUGUGAGUGCUGGGCUACAGAGUGGACCACCGCACCAGGCUUGACACCUACAAGGAUGGAAGCUGCCCAAGAAACCAUUUUAACCCUGAAAGUUAGGACUAAGUUCUCUCUGAAGGGUCUUUCAGAAUCUUAAAUAGUCUUCCCAUAGGAGUUCAGUCUGCCCAGUCACACCUGGACAGUUUAACCCUUCUAUGACCAAGGGCUUGGCCUUGCAUGUCAUAAUGCAAGUGAGGCUAUCACAGUGCACACAGGCGUUGCUGGGUCUAUAGUAUGCCCCAACACUUCACAGUAUGCCUUACACCGUUCUUAGCAGAUCCCUGUUCUCUGUUUAGAGGAGGAAAUCACAAGAGUCUUCCUGAUUUGAGCACAAUGCAGUGUAUAUAUAUAUAUGCCAUACCUCACAGUUACACUGCUGGAACUUAGUAUAGGUUUUAGCCACUGGAAGGUAUGCAGUAAAGAGUACUGCUAAGUCUUACCAAAUUCUUGGGGAUUUUAUUCUUACUAAAGUAACAUAUCCUAAGUAUUGUUUUAUAAACCUAACACUUGAAAGUGUACUUUCUUCUAUAUGCAUGUCAUUAUUCUGGCAUAUUGUAAGUAGAUAAUGUUUACUGGAAAAUGUUUAGUUUCCUAUAUAAAAUAAACUUUCAUUUCUGCAAUUCUA